AUGUCAUCAUCAGCAAAAGUCUACUUCAUCACCGGUGUCAACCGUGGUAUUGGCUUCCAAAUAGUCAAACAAUUAUCAGAAGCCAACCCAGAAAACAUCAUCAUCGGCACAGCUCGUGACCCAACAAAAGCAACAGAAUUACAAUCAUUAGCUUCAUCAAACCCAAACAUCCACAUCUUGAAACUAGACGUCGCUUCAGAAGAAUCCAUCGCAGCACUAGAUGCCCAACUAGCACCAAUCGCAAAAGAUGGUAUUGAUACAUUCAUCUCAAACGCUGCAAUCUCAGAUUCUUACCAUCCAGUCCUAGAAACCCCAAAAUCUAAUUGGUAUGCCCAUUAUAACACAAAUGUCAUUGGUCCAAUUGAAGUUUCAAAAGUUUUGUAUCCAUACUUGUUGAAAAAAGAGACAAGACAAUUGAUCUAUUGUUCAAGUCUUGUUGGGUCCCUUUCUGGAUUUUUCCCAAUCUCUACAGCUGCUUAUGGUCAAUCAAAAGCUGCGUUGAAUCAUACUGUCUUGACAUUAAGUCAUGAAUUGAAAGACAAGGGGUUCACUGUUGUUGCGGUGCAUCCUGGUAAUGUUUCCACUGAUAUGGGUAAUUAUGGUAUGGAUACUUUGUCAAAGAAUCAUCCAGAACUUGGUAAAAAAUUGGUGGAAAGUUACAUUACUCCUGAAGCUAGUGCUAGCUAUCAAAUUCAUGAUGUUUUUGAAAAAUUAACCAAGGAAUCUAAUGGUAAAUUUUUCAAUUAUGACGGUUCUGAUUAUCCUUGGUGA